GCCGCUCUGGGUUUUUGCUAUGUUUUGACCGAACGUUGACAUCUAUGAACUGGUGAAUUUGUGCGACGUAUUAUUAUUUAAUCGCUUUGUGAGAUUUGCUGUUAAAUAAAGUACCGUUAAUUAGUUUAUUCAAUUUUGAUGGACCUGCAAACGACAAUUCUGGAAAUAGAGAAUACUAGAUUGUGGUCGUAGAGUGUAACUACAAGAUUAUUCAUAAUUAAAAUGCCAUAAUGGCGAUUCCACCUUCAUUUUAAGAGCAUUCUGGACGAUUUAUCUAAAACAUUUGGUAUCCAACAAUUUUGAGAUUUUGAAAAGAGAAAAAGUGCAGUUGUUCAAGAUAGUCCUCAAAUCCAUUAUCUUAGUAGAGCAAGGCCAGAAAUUAUUAAUAAUUAAUAGACCAUAGUGAUGAGAGCAGACUACAUCCUAAGAACAUUACUAAUAUUGUUUAUUUAUAGUAGUAAAUAUUUAUUGUGUCAUAUGAUCUUGAAAGAAAAGAAUGAAGUAACUCCGUAAAGACAUUCGACAAAAAUUUUGUUUUUAGUGGACUUCUUGUAGGCUUUGUAUUCUUUAUAUGAAAAGCCUGUAUCAACUUUUUUCGAAAAGUGACAGCAUGUGAGAGAACUAUCAACAAUUUCUAUGGAAAUAUGUUUGACAACCGUCCUUGUUAGCUUGGAAUAAUACUUCGUGUGAAGGUCUUUUUUUUCCUUUAUUUAAAUUUCUGUGAGAUCUAGCGGCAUUGCCUCUAUUAACUCUUAAGAUCUCAAUGCGUUUACGUUGUAAAUUACGAAGACAGGUACAAAAAUAUGCUUAUUUUGAAAAUGGCAUCCUUGUGUGAAGUUUAGUUACUCCUGAAGGAAAAGUUAUUGUUCAUUUAAAACUAUAUUUCCAGUUUCCAAAUCCAAGUUGACAUGACUCUAUUCCAAAUAUUACUUGCUCAGUAAUGACGUAUUUUAGAUAAUAAAAGCUCGAAUCUUUUCCUUUAUUUAUGAGCCUUCACUGCAUCAUAUUUCAUUUAAAAAGUAAUAGAACUUGUGAAACAUAAAAAUGAUCGUGAACAUUUAUACAUUGCAUCUGUGUGGAUUACUUUAUUUGUGUAUCUGUAUUUUCCAAGCAGAAACAAAAAGAACACCAGAAUCGACUGCACUGGAAAGUGAACCCCAAAUAUCCAGAAGAAGUAGCUCAUUUGAUUCUUCAGAAGAGCUGCUGACUCCUCCACAGUUCGAUAGCUCGAGAACAGGAUUAACCACCAAACUUCCAUGCGGUCGGAGUUGCAAUAAAGCACAAAAGCGGAGGAGGAAACAAGAAACAUCAGCAAGAAAGAAGCAAGAUACCAUGGUGUACAAAGAUUCAAAACGACCAUCUUCAACCAAAAACGAUACUUCAGUCGAAUUUCCUAAAAAGAAGAGGGCAAAAUAUUCAAGGAAAUAUGAUCCAACUGGUGUGCCAGAAGACAAUGGUUUCGUGCCUGUGCGUGGACCAUAUGGUGGCAAGACUACCCAACGCAGUGCACAAAGACGUGCUAGAGCAAGGAACCCAGAUGAAUUGCUGACGAAAGAAAGUAGGCCGAACCUAAAUAUGCUGGGCAAUGGUAAUUUCGAGAUUCUAAGCGGAGGAAUAUUUUCCGACGAUGAAUCCAAUGAAAUUGGCGAAGGACGAAGAGUAGGAAGAGGUUAUGAAGGUUAUAGUUUGCCCCGGUUUCGGCAAAUUCCUCUCAAUGCACAGAAUUUUCAGUUUCCAUCCUUUUAUCAAGGGAGAUUACAAGCUCCAGAUCAUCCACUGUUCUUCCCAAGAGCAGCCUAUUAAGAAUAUGAAAGCAAUGAACAAGUGCUUUUAAUUUAUUUCCGUUUUAUUUCCAAUAGAAAUAAAACGGACGUAAAAACAAAACAAAAAAAAGCAAAGGGAAUUUGUAAAUGAUCAAAUGCACUUUGAUAAUGCUUCGCACAAAUAAUAAUAUUCUAUUAGUAAACGAAAAAUAAUUAUUGGCGAAGCAGUGCUUUAUGCCAGAAUGAUCAAGUCGGUAUACAAGGAUGAUGGUAGGAGUACGGUGUAUGAUUUCGGACUAUAAAGACUCCAUGAAUUGUACUUUUUACCUUUUUCCUCUCCCCCUUCUUGCUUGCUUUUGUAUGCUAAGAUGUAAACAAAGAUGAAAGUUGAAAGUAAGGCAAACCGUUACUAAGCACUGUUAUCGUUAAUCAUCUUGCAUAUAUGAAACAAUUCUAUCAUAACGACAAUGUUUAAAUUCAUUCUGAAGUACUGCAUAUAAAUAGACUAAAUGUAGGAAUAAGAAAUAAGAAAACGGAAUAAGAAAACGUUCUCGAAACUAAGAGUUAUGAUUUGCGCAGAACCUUUUUAAAAAUUGUAAGUAGAGCCCAUUAAUAUUUUAUCCAAAAAAUUAGUCCCCCCCCCGCCCCAAAUCAAGAAUAACAAAUCAUUCCAACAUUUCAUUACAUAAGUUUGUGACUUUCCGAUCAUCAUUCAGAAUAUUUUCUUUUUUUUUUAACCUUAUAGUGGAUAUUCUCUCAUUAAGGAAAGUAGACUCGGAUAUAAGAUGGCCUUUAUUGUGCCAGAUCAUUUCAUAAGAUUUUUUCAAUCCGCAGAAAAUGCGGAUUGAGAACAGGCAAGCUCAUGCAAGUUACCAAUUUUCUGUGUAAAAACGCUCUGAAGUCACAGUAUGUAUGCAAAAGGAGAAGAGGACGUUCAUUUAAGAAAUGCAUUAUGAAAAGAGAUAUAGAAUAUUGCCUAGAGUAUAUAUCAGUUUCACUGAUUUUCAACCAAAGAUAGAUGUCAAACAUUCUUUGAACACUACGCCAGUUCUUCCAUGCCCAUUUUCAUCCAGCUCAUCAGCUGUCAAAACAUAUACAGUUGGAUUAUCAAAUGAGCUAAAAAGAAAAUCAUUUCAAUCACAAACUGCACAAAAUAUUUGUUGUUUCUUUUACUUGUUU